AUUAUAGACGUUCAUAGCUCCCCGGUUUAGUGUAACGUGUGUCGAUAGCGUUCAAAUAAUUUCAAAUCGGAAUUCGAUUUUUUAAUAAUUUAUAGGAAAUAUAAAUUUUAUGCUGUGAUAUAGUCAAGUAAACGUUGUUUUUAGUUUUAUGUAGUUAACAGUGUUGAAAAGUGCAAUUCUGGGUUUUUCAUAUACACCUUCAGCAAAAUCUAGUCCUAGGUGAUAUUUUGAAGAGGGCCACGCUGUUGCUGAGAGACAUCCAAAUUUUUCAAGUUAGAAGCUAUCUUGAAAGGAAAAAUGCCAUUCACAAACCCUAAUAUUAUCUCAUCAAAGUGACAGUUAUAAUAACACGCCAAAUGGUCCUAACUAAUUAGAACUAGUAGUCGCCUUUUCCUUAAGCAAAGUAACUAAGUUAUCGAUCAAACAUUAGAAAAUGCAGCACCAUCCCGGGUCUUGGUACCUCCCAUGGGGGGUUCCCUUUCAGAAAAUGGUCGCCGUGCCUAUUCCAGCGGCGGCCGCUGCGCCGUUGCACAUGCAAACUCCUACCGUACAUCAUCUACAAGCGAUGCUUGGAGGACUUCCUACUCCCUUAGCAACUUUAAGAACGUUUAUGACUCAACCGGCACAACAACAAACUAGAAAGAUAGGCGGCUGUGGUGGAAGUGAAAGAGAAAAAGGUAAAUUGGCGGGAAACGACAAACGUAAAGCGGACGAUGGCGAAUCAAACAAAGAUAUUAAGAAGGCUAAAUUGGAAACAAAAGCUUUAAAAGCUAAACGUCCCGGUUUUACAGAUGAUCGCUACAAUGAAACAUCAUAUUACAUUGAAAAUGGUUUACGAAAAGUAUAUCCUUACUAUUUCACAUUCACAACAUUUACAAAAGGGCGUUGGGUGGGUGAAAAAAUUCUAGACAUAUUUGCUAGAGAAUUCCGAGCGCACCCCGCUGAAGAAUAUGAACGCUGCAUACAAGCAGGAACAUUAACAGUUAAUUAUGAAAAAGUUCCCACCGAUUAUAAAUUAAAACAUAACGAUCUUCUCGCCAACGUUGUACAUAGACAUGAAGUUCCCGUCACUAGCCAACCGAUCACCAUUGUGCACAUGGACGAAGACAUUGUUGUGGUCAACAAACCUGCCUCUAUACCUGUGCAUCCAUGUGGAAGGUACAGACACAACACCGUAGUAUUUAUUUUAGCAAAAGAAUACAAUUUGAAAAAUCUGCGGACCAUACACAGGUUAGACAGAUUAACCAGCGGCCUUUUACUCUUCGGUAGAACACCGAAAAAAGCGAGACAAAUGGAACAUCAGAUCAGAAAUAGACUGGUUUCCAAGGAAUACGUGUGUAGAGUGGAAGGACAUUUCCCAGAUGAGAUCAUAGAAUGUAAUCAACCCAUAGAGGUAGUAAGUUAUAAAAUCGGUGUAUGCAAAGUAUCACCUAAAGGAAAGGAUUGCAUAACCGUAUUCCAAAAAUUAGGAUAUAAUGGAAAAACUAGUAUCAUCUUAUGUAAACCAAAAACUGGUAGAAUGCAUCAAAUCAGAGUACAUCUUCAAUACUUAGGUCAUCCCGUGGUGAACGAUCCCUUGUACAAUCACGAAGUAUUUGGUCCAUUAAAGGGAAAAGGCGGCGAUCUCGGGGGUAAAACGGACGAAGAGCUCGUUCAAGAUCUUAUCCACAUCCACAACGCCGAAAAUUGGUUAGGAAUGGACGGCGAUAGUGAAUUGUCGAUGUUCAAUAGUAGAAAAUCAGAUUUAGAUGAAUCUUUAGUUGGACCAAUUGUGCCUAAAGGACGUGUUUUGGGUGAUGAGGACACAGAUUCUGCAUCUCGCGAAACAUCUCCAUGUGAUGAAUCUUGUGAAAAUGCUUCCUCUGUAUCUCAAGACACUUCGUCACAAACACCAGUGGACUCUAAUAGUGCUAGUAGUAACGUUGAUAUUAAAGUGACAGUAGCAACACAAACUGGCCAAGAGGCACCUGAUUUGGCUUUUAAUCCAGAUAAAAUGACAGUUGACAGACACUGCUAUGAGUGUAAAGUGCGAUACAGGGAUCCUAAACCACAAGAUUUGGUUAUGUAUUUACAUGCGUGGAAGUAUAAGGGUCCAGGCUGGGAGUAUGUUACAGAACUUCCAGAUUGGGCACAAAUCAAUUGGAUAGAACCAGGUACAUCAGAGUGAUGAUUACUGUCUAAACUCUACAUUCUACCAUAAAAUAAUCUUCAUACCUUCAUUUAUACAGGCUGUAAAAAUAAAAAAAAAAUAUCCAAAAACGUGGCAGGGUCCAAAUUAUUAAAAACAGGUCGGAUUGAAGCUGAGGAAUUAUUUUAAAUAAUGUUUCUGUAUUUCAGUGCUUGUUGAAAAAUAAAAAAUUUUUUCUAUUUGGUAUUUCAGUAGUGUAGAUAAAACUGAAAAUUUUUAAAGUCGCUAGCACCGAAAUUAUUCUUCAUAUCUUAUAUUGGUCAAGAAGUAAUGAAGAAAUAUGUAUUUUUAUAAUCAAAAGCACCUGUAAUCAUAUCAAAAUAAUAACCUACUUUUUUGUACUAAACUAAUGUAGAUAAACAAUUUUUUUAAAGUACUGAAAUACAAACGUGCCUUUAUUAUUCAAAGUAACAGUUAAUUUGCAGGUUCUUUUCUCUAUAAAAUAGAGAUAUAUAUUGAUGUGCUCUUCAUAUCAACAUGUUAUGGACCCUUGCUUGUAUUUCUUUUAUUUUAUAGAAAUAUUAUUACAUUAAGGCAUGUGCAGUUUGAGUAGCCGGAUAACUGAGUUAUAUUGUGUUCAUUUCAUCGAAUUUCUCCAUUUUAUUCCUAACUUUGGUUCUUUAUAACUUACCGUCAUUUUUCAUAAUUGUAGAAUUUUAUUCUUAUCGAGCAAUAGUCUACAUUUUUUUUAUUCUGGUCCUGUCCGAAUAUAAAAACAAGGUAUUAUACCGAAGCUUGUAUUUAACGUUACAUCCAGAUAUAACUAAUUGUAAUUUUCUAAGAAUUUCCUCGAUCACUUAUUAUCAAUUCAGCCAAUGUCAUUUUGGCUUUUAUCGAUAAAAUAAAAUUGAUAUGAAAUACAUUAAUAUAGGCUGUAACUAUUAACAAAACUAUCCUAAAAACGUAUUCUCCCUGAGAAGAACCUUCCUGACUACCUAAGUUAGCUCUACUACAUGUAAUAUCUAAUAUACUGCUAUUUGCUGAAAUUAAUCUAUCGGUUUUCAAUCUUGUUUUCAGUAUAAUGCCAGUCAUCAAAUGUUAUCACAAAUGUUCUCACUUUGUAAAACCAUAAUUGGUUUACAAACCUAUCAUUAAGAAUUGUACAGAGCUGUUCUUAAAAUAACAAUAUUUUCAGUAAAAUACUAACAUGAUCUUGUUGCUUCAAAGUUUUAUUGCUAAGUUAAAAACUAGAUUGAAAGUUACAUAACACUUUUUGAUAAAAAUUACUAAUAGAGAUAAAAAUCUUUCGGAGACAAAGUUCUUGGAACCAUUUUUCGCUUCCUUGCUUUUGUUGCCAUAAUAUAGAUACAAUACAAUGAAUACUUUUAUAACAGUAAAAUCAUACUGCAGAAUAACUUUUCAACUUCAUAACUAUAACAAUUUCUUGUAAAAUUCUAACUUACCGAAUUUUUCCUGUAUCAUCUUCAUUUGAUACAUAUACUACAAUGAUUCUAAACCGCUAACAUCACAUUCAUCUUGCUCAGAAUCACUGUCCCUUCAAUAUCGUGGUGGUAAUCUUAAAAGCUGCUCUUAACAUACCUUACUCUUCACGGCAAUAUAAUAUGAAUAUUCAUUCACCUCUGGAAUGCGGUGCUUUCCAAUCAUCAUUUGCGCAAGCUCUAAGAAUAGUAUCGUGGAUGUCAAACCAUGUAUCAUCUAAGUAAUAAAUUUCUCUUCCUUCAUUACGAUACUAACGAAUUUUUAUUAUAUAUUUGUUUCUCCAUUCUAUAAAACGACUACUUUACAUUAUUUUUUGCUUGUUAUUUAUAAAUAUCCUGAAAUAAUGAUUGUUCGUCUAAUUGUUAAAUCUUGCUUUGAAAUUUUGUAGAGUGUAGUCUGAGUAGUCAAAACCAUUAUUUCCUGGAUCGCAUCUCUUCUGGACAUUCAUGGACUACACAAUCGGUUAAAACACCUUUUUAAGCAUCUGUUUAUAAAUGUUGCCGUCUCUUUGUGCUAGAAGGCUCUAGUAGGGCGUUGACCGAAUCUGCGAAACGAUUUGUUCAUCGUUAAUCUUGAAGACACGGUUACCACAUAUGUUAUUGUUCACAAAAAAUUUCAGAGUAAUUUGACCUUCAAUACACCACCCACUUGCACAGCGCUCAUAAUUAACUACCGACUGUAAUUCGAAAACCCUGCGAAAAGUACCUACCUAAUAAUAAUAAAAAAAAUAUUUCGGAUUAUGUAUAAUACCCUAUUUACAUUUAUUAUUCGCAUUCCGCAUCCAGCAAUAAUUUGAGGGCAUAUUUACUGGAAAGUGCCUUCUACUCUGUAAACGACUUCUAUUCUAAUAAUAUUUAACUCCGGGCAUGCUACAUACUGGUUUAAUUUUUGCUAUCACUUUUACCUAUAAUUUUGUUAUUCAUUGUGGUUUUCUUGUGUAUAUUGAAAUUUCAUUUUAUUUGUUUUAUAUUUAUUUGGGUAUUUUUAUGUUUGUAUUCUAGUUUUUACAAGCUUUUGUCUACAAAUUGUAACAAUUGUUUGAUUUCGCAUUUCUCUCUUUCUUUCUAUUUUCUCCGUAUUAUUCGAUUUAGUAACCUGUUCUAUUUGGAAAUUAUAGUAUUGUUGUUGUUUAUAUAUACUUUUAUAUGAUUCACUGAUUCUAAAAAUCAAAUAUUGUAAUGCGGACCUGGAAAAGUUGUUUACUAUUCAGUUCCUAUUGGGUCGUCUCUUAUCUCUUUUUGUAAUGCUAAGAUUUCUGCAAUUUAAUGAUAGGCAUUACAGUACCAAAAGUUAGACAUUUUUUAUCUAUUUCGGUAUAUCUUAUAAUACUGCGAAAGUAGCACAGCAUAAUUUUUGUUAUGAUGAUUUCAAAUAAUUAAGCUAUCUUAGGUAGCGUUUUCCCAAAAAAAAUGAACUUUUAAUAUAAAUUAUUCAAUACUUAUGGCACAAAUAAUAUCGAUUUGGAGCAAAAUUAUGAAUUUCAUCAAUUAUCGGUUGUUAUGAGAAUAAAAAUAGAAAAAUAUCUGGAUUAGAAAUGUAUUAUAUAAUUCAUUAUGAUAUUAACAUUAUAAAGGAAUAAAACUGCUUUCUACUAGCAAUAUACUUCAGAAUAUUUGUUUCUUCAAUUUUGUCAAGAUCACUAAUAUAUUUCUAUUUUUAAUGUUAUGCAGCUACUUAGACAUUCAAUUUUGCCACUGAAUUAUUCUUUCGUGUUAAAAAACAAAAGUGAAAAAAGCAAGAGUUAUCAUACAUUGAAGAAUAGAAGUAGCUAAGGCACUGACACGGAUUGUUUAUUGUCAUGUUAUACGGAUUGUCGAAAUUAGUAUUAUAUGUUAUUGGGUUUUGGUUCCACAUUGUUUUCAGUAUUGUCAUUUUCAUUCACUCGUCAGGUAGGCAUUUUCAGACAAAUAUUUUCAUAUAUUAUCAUAAUUGUUGAAAGCUUUGGAAUAUAACAGUAUUUGUAGUUUUUUUAACAGUUUUAUUAUUAAAACUCAAAAUCAUGAAUACAUAACUCUUAAUAAACAAUAUAAAUUUGUAUCAAUUGUUAUGUGUAGGUUUUGUUACUGUUUUUACGGGGCAAAUUAUGGAUUUAUCUACUGAAUGAUAUUCAUAAACAUUUUCAGUUGUAGACGUGAAUUGGAUUUGAAAUUUUGUCAUCAAAAUAUUUUUUUCGCAAUAUAAUUAUAAACAAUGUUUUCUACAAAUCCAUAAAUGAAAAUUGUUAAUUGUUUUAUUACAAAUAUAAUGACGAGAAAAUUGGAUUGAAAAAAACAUAUGGCAUGAUAUUUUAAUGAUAAUGCCUACAUUGCUAUUAGUGACAUUUCAGAAACUUGUGAUAUUUUCAUUUAACCUUUGUUUUUAUUAAUAUAUGUUAUUCAUUCCUUUCAAAACUUGGGAUUGUUGGAAAAGUUUAAACUCUUAAAUAGGUUAAGAAAUUGAGCACUAGGCGAGUCAGUGUCGAGAUAGAAUGUAAUGAUCAAAAUUUUUAACUCAUUUUAAAUUAUUUUUUAAAUUAUCAAAACGUUGGAAAACUUUUGUUUCACUUGACUAUGAAAACUGUGGGUCAUUAGGUCAUAGCAUUAGACAUUGCAAUACUCAUAUCACUAUUAUAAUGUUAGACCAAUCCACUUGUCUCAAACAUUCAUCUGAUGUAUUUUUAUAGCAUAAUAAUAUAGGGUAGUUAAAAUUGAAAUAAAAUCAUUCCUCAAUUAAAAGAAAGUACACCCCACAACAAUAUUUACGCAUUAUAUCGUUAUUUCAAUUUUGAAACAAUUACAAUGAAUUUAAGCAAAAAACACUAUAUCAAGAUGAAAUUAAGAUAUUCAAUUUUAACCAGUAUUCUAAAAAAUGCAGAGAUUUAACAAAAAUGUUCCACAAAUAGUUUAAAACAGCACAUAUUUCUAUUUUCUCUUUUAAUAUCAAUUAAAAAGAAAAUUUCGAAGAGCCUAUUAUUAGACUCAUAUAUAUUGUGAGGCGAAUCUAAUAGAUCUGGUAAGUAACUAUUAAUUACAUCCCAAAUAGGUUUUUUUGGAUUGAGGUCGGAGCUGUUAGCUUACCAUACCAUUGCUUGGCAAAUUGUCUCCUACAAAGGCAGCUAAUGCUACGACGUUAACAAUGCACUUUUGAACAUUAAAAGGACUGUUUUAAAUGAUUACUUUGUCGGAGUGGCCCAUCCAUAUUAGUGCUACCCACUACAUUUAUUCAUCUACCAGCAUACCGUUUGUUCACAAUUCUAUAUAAUUGGACACAUGGAUAAUUGCCAAAAAAAAUCACAAUCUUGACUCAUCUGAGAAUAGUAUAUUCGACCACUGAUGGUCUUCCUAGUAUAAUUGAUCAAUAUCAAGCUGUAGUCAGGCUCUUUACUUUUUUGUGGUUAACGGAGAUCCAGUUGCAGGCACUUUGGGCCUCAAACCGAAUCCUUUAAGUCAUCUUCUCAUAUUAUCAUUGCUUAUUUCUUGUUGAUCCACCUCAGAAAUGGUGGCAAAACCUAGUAAAUAUGACAAACCUUUGUCUCAGUUUCAUAUUCAUAACCUGGCCUUUGAUUUCUUCAAAUCUCCUGGAAUCUCUUUAGUUACCUAGAAAUCGACGAUAGUAUGUCAUUGAAUCAUUGAAUUUGUACUUGUGAAAAGCUUCCAAUCGAUGGAAUAGUUACAGCACACUAUUCAGGGAAACAUUAAAGUUGUUGUUUGUUUAUUCCUUUGUAAUUCUCUUUUGUGGAUUAUGGAGCAGGCUUAGUCAUCAACCUACGGAUUCGCCGGUAGCGGGUUCAAAACCCUCAAUAUAGUUUAAAAACCAAAAAAAGACACGCUUAUAAAGCACAUAAAACUAAAAAGUUGAAAAUAUUUUUUUAGAUAAGUUUAAAACAAUAUUUCACAUGAUUAAUCCGGCUAUUAAAUGAGUUAAAAAUUUAUAUGGUCUAUAGUAGUUUUGUUCAUAUUCAUUAGGUGUCUUAUUUUGUAAUUUAAAUUUAAAAAACUGAAAAUUACAUCAUGUACUAAAUUAACUUUUCUCACAAAUUGAUGAUAUCUAGGCAUUUGAAACUUUGAAAUCACAAAUUCUGUUACAAAAUACUUCUAUGUCCAAUAUUUAACUAAAUGGUGAUUGGUAAUUUAGUACGUGCUAUACUUUCUAUUUUAACUAUAUAAUCAUUACAGAAACUUAUAUAUUUAAAAUAUGUGAUUGUUAAAGACAAUUAUAGGGACCUAAAUAUAUUCUAUAAUAUAGCUUAUAAGUAUCAGAGAG